GCACAGACCCCGGGCUGGGGCGGGGGUGGGCAGCGGGUCGGAGCCGUCGUAGAUUUAGUCUUAGGAGGGCUCCGGGUGGCGUUAAAGCGCCGUUGGAUUUUGGUCCAGGUACAGAUGCUUUUAGACAGAUGGCUGCUGUAAGCUUGGCUGAUUGCCUGGAAAACAACAGCUUUAAGGCAUGUGUGCUUCCAUGAUGUUUGCCCAGUGCACCCGGAAGUAUGCGAGCUCCGUGCUGCUGAUCGCGCUGCUCUGCUGCAUCCUUUCUCCUCCAGCACAAGCCAGCAAGAGCUCGGAGGACAUCCGCUGCAAGUGCAUCUGUCCCCCGUACCGGAACAUCAGUGGGCAUAUUUACAACAAGAAUGUGUCGCAGAAGGACUGCAACUGCCUGCAUGUUGUGGAGCCAAUGCCGGUGCCAGGGAAUGAUGUGGAGGCCUACUGCCUGCUGUGUGAAUGCAAGUAUGAGGAGCGCAGCACCACCACCAUCAAGGUGAUCAUCAUCAUUUACUUGUCUGUGGUGGGGGCACUGCUGCUUUACAUGGCUUUCCUUGUGCUGGUGGACCCUCUGAUCCGGAAGCCAGAUGCUUAUACACAGCCCCUGCACAAUGAGGAGGAGAAUGAGGAUGCUCGCUCCUUGGCCGCAGCCCCUACCCCGUCUGGCGCUAGAGCCAACACGGUGCUGGAGAGGGUGGAGGGGGCUCAGCAGCGCUGGAAGCGCCAGGUGCAGGAGCAGAGGAAGACAGUUUUUGACCGCCACAAGAUGCUGAGCUAGACCUUUGCCGAGCUAUGCGGCACCACUUCCAAGAGACAGGGUAGCUCUGCUGGUCAAGACAGACAGCAAGUCAUCCUUCAGGACAUCCGUGGUGUUUGACUGAAAGCUCUAACCCUCUCUGAUUUACCGUCUUCAUAGAGAGAAGCAGACCAAAAUGCUUGCCUCUGGUUUAGUCCCCUUGCCCUCUACCUCUCAGCCCAGAGGCUCCUUAACCCUUGCCCGGCUGAGAUCUGCGCUGAUCGUUAGCCCCGUGGCUGCAUGUAAAUAGUCGGUCAUGUGCAGCGCUGCUGCCCUGCUUCACGGGCUGACUCGGGCAGGGGCUGCAGCUCCAGUGCACUGUGCUGGACCCUGCGGGCACCGCUUGCUGGGACUGAAGUCUCCAUCAGCCCACCCCUGCAUCGGAGACAGGGGUCUCGGUACGGAGUGUUGCAAGCUGGCUGAGUCUUCCUGGGAUAAAAAUAGCAGGAUAAUUUUCAUGUGGCGCUCCUCCAGGAUGAAGAAGCCGCCGCCUCCUCCUCCUCCAGUUUGCACCGAUCCUAAUUGGGCGUCGUGGUGCUGAGACAAGCGCAUUGCACUGGAAGGAGGAGGAGGGGGGUCCCUGCCAGUGGUCAGCUGCUGCUUGCACUUACCCUGGUGUAAACCGAGUGGAUUUCCACUCUAUUCAGUGGAGUCUGUCCAGAUUUACACCAGCAUAACUGAGACUGCAGCUUGUUUCUGUGUAGGUGAAUAUCACGACUGAUUAGUACAUUCACAAGUAAGAGACCAACAGGUAAAAGGUUGAUUUACAUUUAUCUCUUUUCCUGCUUUGUACCCAUGUUAGUAACCCUUGACGCUCUCACAGUGCGGUCAGGGGCAUUUGUGUCCAAGAGAACUGGGGCAAAGGCGUUACUGGAGCACUGUAAACACUUGGCUGGGUCUUGGGGCCCUGGAAAAGGGACACUUGUGCUACUCGAAACACUCCGAGAGCUCUGACUGUACUUGGGCUGCGUGGAGGAAACUGAAGUGAUUCGGCAAUGUGUAUAUCGAUCCCACUGACAACAUUGAUAAUGUCAGGAAGCGGCUGGAGUUUAUCAUGUAGCAUCUCUGUAUUAAAUGCAGACAAAGAUC